AUGGAUAUUUACAAGCAAUACCUGUACAAACUGCAAAAGUUGACUUUAAAAGAUCCCUACAUUCAUCUUCUCGACGAAGAUGAAAUACCGAAAAUGAAAGAAUACAUUCGUAAGCUCAAUUCAAUAUCCUUUGAUGAAGGGACUUACCACACUUAUUUUGGCGAAAUAAAAACUAUAGUAAACAGUUUUAAUCUCUACUGGACUGAUAUAAUGGACGAAGCAAUUAAAGAAGCAGAUAGAUGUAGUCAUUGUGUAAAAUUAAACGAAAUAAUAGAAAAGACGCAUAAAACUAUGUUGAUCCAUAAAGUUACACAAGCCGAUUUCGAAACUGAAUUUCUUCCUCUUAACACACCAUUAGAAGAACAAGCAUACAAUGAAAUAGUAGAUAAAUAUACAACCUUUAUGAAAAACCUUGAAGAAUUUAUCCACGAUUUAAAAAGGCUCGAUAGACAGGAAAAAGUGGAUGUAUUCGCCAAGGAACAAUUUCCUAAAUCGUUGAAGAUAAAAAAUGAUGUGUUUGUCUUCACAUACAAUCAUAUCUCUUAUUUGUUGAGCUUCUUUGUCGAUCGAAUUCGCGUAAGCAUCGAAGAGAUUUUCCUGCGCCUGCGCAACAAUGUACGCUCGAUACAGGAACAGUCUGAUUCGUACGUCACUGACCUGCUCACUCGCCUUUAUGAGAAGAAUAAGGAACAUCUGCAGAUAUACCGGCAAGAUAAUCGCGCCUCCGUGGAGCUUGCUGAGGUGCAACGCAGCAUGACCAUAAUAAAAGACAAAAUAGAGGAUUCAAAACAACGCCCAGUACACCGUCUUCAAGAGGAGUGCAAGUACUGGGAGGAGAAGCUAAGCGAGUUCCAGCAAAUACACAGCUGUAUGAAAAAGCUUCAAGAGGAAGAGAACCGUGUGCUGGAACAACAGAAGCUAUUCAAUAGCAUGAAGGACACCGAAAUCCCGGCACCUAAACAAAAGUGUUGGGAAAAUAUGGGUGAUAAAUUUAAAGAAAAGCUGCAAGAGAUUGACGAACUUAAACUUAACGCGGCAAAGGCGUUGUACACUUUCUUCAGCGUCCGAGGUCCAGACAGAAUCUUCUACUCAGACAACAUCGGCCGAUACUACAUGGAUGACUACGGCCACCAGUGCUACGUGCUCGACCACGGACUCAGCGUCUACCACGUCAACUGCCAAGGGGAGUUCGUUGAAGUACACAACAAAGACAAAUAUUUCUACGACAGUAUGGGCCGCUUCUACAUAGACAAAGACACCCAGGAAAAGCUUUACCAAAUAGCUCCUUGUACGAGCUCCUACAAAAUCCAGAACGAUAUCUUCGUGAAGCAUAGCAAGGAUUGUGGACAUUCUGAGAAACACAAUAAGGAGUGCCGAACAUUCGUCAAGGACCCGACUGAUGGGAUCAUAUUGCCUCCUAUUCCACCUGUGGAUAUUCAAGGCAAAUUAGACCCCGAAGCAGUGAAGUUUCUAUGGGACACAUUUGGCCACAUACUGCCGGACGUGUUGCACGACGUAGCGGAAGCUCGCCCGAAGAACCCCAUACACACACUUGCUCAUAAACUGCUCACCUACAAGUAUAAACGAACGAACGCUGAGACCGAACUCAAGAAGCAGGAAGCUGAUAUGUAUCGCAGCAAAAUAUAUCAGGACCGUUUGGAGAAAGCAAGCGCCAGCUAUAAGGCAUGGAAGAAGAAACAGACUCGGCAUCGGAAACCAGAUGAAAUCGACGAUUCCGAGGAAAAGUCUGCAUUCAACGCUCAUGUAGCUAAACAGGAAUUCAUACAAUCGUUAGGGAAUUAUGAUAAUUAGACGCUUUAUAUAUUGUGGGUAGAUCAGGUAAAUCGAAAGUGUAUGAUAAUAUUGGUCCUUCGAACAGGAUAAAAUAGAAAUAUAAUGACAAUUAAGUUCAGAUAUCAGUUAAGAUUUUGAAUCUUAUGGGUAGGACGUCUAAACCUAACUCAUGUCACAAUACUGGCUCAUCGAACCGUAUAAAAUAGCAUUUAUUCUUUUACGCAGGAAUUAUUAUGACAGGGAUAGCCAUACAUCCUUAUCUUUUGCCAUUCUAAUCUAUACCUUUCAGUUCAGUUAAGGGAUUAUGAAUUUGUGUACAACAUAAUUGGCACAUUGUUCUAGUGUGGUUCUAAUAUUUGUAAUAGGUAGGUAAAUUUUGAGAAAAUAAUAAAAUAUAAUGAAGGUA